AUGUUUACAAGUGGUACAAGCUCUUCACAGAAGGUCGUUAAUGACGAUGCCCGCCUUGGACGCCCCACGUCAACAAUCGAUGACAACGUCGAAGCAGUGAAGAAAAUUGUUAUGGAGAAUCGUCGAAUCACUAUUAGAGAAGUUGCUGAGGAUGUCGGCAUAUCGGUUGGCUCAUGCUAUGCAAUUUUUUCGGGUGUUUUGGGCAUGCAACGUGUGGCGGCGAAGUUUGUUUCGAAAUUGCUGAAUUUCGACCAAAAACAACGUCGCGUAGACAUUGCUCAGGAGCUGUUGAAUGCCAUCAACGACGAUCCAGAUUUGCUCAAAAGGGUCAUAACUGGUGAACGUAUUGAUUUUAUUUUAAAUGCGAAUCAAACUUUGGCUCAAUAUUGGAUACACGUACGAGGACUUGGAGAAUGUGAAGAAAAAAGACUAUAUCAAUUAGCAAUCCUUGCUUAUAAAGAUAGUUCUAAAUCGUCAUUAUCAUCGCAACCAGGAUAUUCUUUUGGUGUAUCUAAAAAUAUUUUUAAUCCACCGAAUUCUACAGAAUGUGGAAAUGGUCUUUGUGUAUAUGAGUUAAACAAAAUCUAUUCUGCUGAUGAAAAUAUAAUAUCAUUAACACGUAAUCCAGAUUAUAUGCUUAUACUAUCUUUUGAUUUUUUUAACUACAGUACAAAUAAUGGAGAACGGUUAUUAUUUAACUCCAAAAAUCAAGAAUAUAAACCUUUUUUUGUUGCGGUAACCGGAUCUCAUUUAAUUAGUUUGGUCAACAAUAUUUCAUAUCAAAAUCCAUCAGCACCUCUUAUCUCACAGAGUGAUGGAUAUCAAUUUAUGUGUGAUGAUGUUUCCGUACCAUCUACAUGCACAGAACCAUGUUUUUGCACUCACGUUUAUCACAUCCCGCUUCAUGCAACUGUAGAUGUGAUGAUCUAUGAUAAAAGGCCUUUAGAGGAUUUGAAUCAUCCAUUUCAUUUACAUGGUUAUAGUUUCUGUGUAAUAUAUACUGGUCAAUUUAUUAAUGCACUUAAUAAGAGUGAUAUAACAAAUAAGGAUGUAAUGAGAGAACUGAAUGCUCAUAUGACUCGUUUACGAAAUGAUGAUUAUAAAAAUUGUGCUCCUAAAGAUACUGUAAUUGUACCAAAUACUGGUUUUGUCAUUUUACGCUUCAAAGCAGAUAAUCCAGGCUGGUGGUUUCUUCAUUGUCAUUUUUUAUGGCACACUGCAACUGGAAUGAAUGUCAUCUUACAUGUUGGUACUCCAUAUGAUCUUCCACCUGUACCACGUGACUUUCCAAAAUGCUGCAAUUGGACACCACGAAAUUAAUUUAUUGAGUCCUAUAAGUGAAACAAAAAUUUAAA